AUGUUUUCUUCCAGCAAGAUUACAAACCUUUUUCCACAGAUUUCACCGUCUUUUCAGGCUUCCUCUUCUUUUAUUGGUCUAAAUGGCACUGAUUUUUUUCUUCACCACCCCCAGGAUCUGGUUUCUGGGCACCAUUUCGUGGCCAAUGCUCCCGUGGUACCUGCAACUAUCGACUUUCCUGUUUCAAACACGACCACAUUAACAAAUUAUCAAGAUUUUGACAGGCUAAAUGGACUUCCAAGGAAACAAACAGUUAAAAAGGAUAGGCAUAGCAAAAUAUUUACAGCUCAAGGUCCAAGGGAUCGAAGAGUAAGGCUUUCCAUCAGUAUUGCACGUAAGUUCUUUGAUCUUCAAGAAAUGCUAGGUUUUGACAGACCAAGCAAGACCCUUGAUUGGCUGCUUACAAAUUCGAAAAAAGCUAUUGAAGAGCUUCAGGUUAAGAUAAACCAUGGAGAAGGCGAAGUAGUUUCAGCAGCUAGUACUGAAGAUGAUGAAAAUGGAGAAUCGUUGAGGAUAGAUUCUAAGAGGAAAUCAUUGAUGGAUGAUAAACAGGCUGCAAUAUAUCUUGCAAGAGAGUCGAGGGCAAAGGCAAGAGCAAGAGCAAGGGAAAGAACGAAAGAAAAAAUGUCAAUCAAAUGGCUCAAUGAAGCCAAGAAACUUUCUAAUUUGUGCCCCUCCAUUCAAAAUCAAACAAGGCCUUGGAAUGAGAUUGAAAUUAGUAAGAUAUCAGAUAAUUCUAAUAGUGAAAACAUUUCCUGCUUGAAGGUGGCUGCUGAUGAAUUAGCAGCUAAGAAUAUGAUUGAGGAAUCCAUUGUGAUCAAAAGAAAGUUAAUGCCUUCUUCUGUUUUCGGCUUCCAAGAAAACUUUAUUAUUGUUAAAGAUUCGAAUUCAAACUGCAAUUCUUCACCAAAUGCUGCUGAAAAUUGGGAUUUCAGCUCGCAGUCGAGCUCAUGUGCCAUUUUCGAUCAGCAUAGGUUCAUUAAAUGCACUUCAAACAUAUAG